AUGAUCUCAGAGUUUUCAGAAUAUGGAACCAGAACUCAGGAUACUCGAUCACAGAGGGAAUAUCCAUCUGCUAGAAAGAAUGUUGGUGGUGCAAAGUCUCAAGAAAAUUCUUUGGCACCACCCCCACCUCAGAAGGGUGCCACAUCAGCUGCUAAGAAUAGUCGCAACCAGUUAUAUGCUUUGACCAACUGCCAGGAGGCGAAAGCUUCCCUAGAUGUUUUUACUGACUAUGAUAAUGACUCGGAAGCUGCCCGUGCUGGUGGUAAAGUAUGCCUCAUUGGAUUAGUCUUGAGUGAGAUGACUCUCCCUCUUACUUCAGCUGCUGCAAGAGAGGUCGAUGUCAUAGGCAUUGUCAGAUACCGAAAUACACAGGCAUUCUGCAUUGUACUUCUGAGAACUAGGGAAAUAGAUGUAAAGCCUCUCAUAACCCACAGGUAUAACUUACUCAAGAGGGAAUGGAAGAAGCCUUUUGAGACCAGUUCUCGCGGGGGAAAUGUCAUCAAAGUCAUCUUCAACCUGUAG